GGGCGGUGCCUGGAGUCAGCCCGCGCGGAAGCGCGCCGGCGGGAACCCGGGCGCGGAGCGCCGAGCCGGCACCCGAGGCGGCGCCCGGCCUGGAGCGCAGCCUUCCCGGGCCCUGCCUGAGCAGGCCUGCCUGGCAAGCUGGGACAUGUCUGGCCCCCGAGGACAGCUGGUGGGCGAUGGAUGCGGUGGUGGAGGGGCUGGAGCCCCAGGCGGCUACUGCAGAAGAUGCUGCAAGAGAUGCUACAGAUGCUGUGGAUGCAGGGCCCGGGGUGACCCCUCUCCUGGCUGGGAACCGGCUGAGCCUGGACCUGUACCCCGGGGGCUGCCACCGGCUGCUGCACCUUUGUGCUCAGCAGCCCCAUCAGCUGCUGGAGGUGGAGUUCUUGCAGCUGAGCGGCCACGAAGACCCUCAGCUGCUGGAGGCCACCCUGGCCCGGGUGCCAGGGAGCCUGCCUCGCCUCCGCUCCCUGGUCCUCAAAGGUGGGCAACGCCGGGAUGCAGGGGGUGCCAGCCUCCGGGGCUCCCUGACCACACUGCCAGUCGGCCUGUGUGGCCUGGCCUGCUUGGCUCACCUGGAUCUGAGCUUCAACAACCUGGAGACACUGCCGGCCUGUGUCCCGCAGAUGCGCAGCCUGGGUGCCCUCCUGCUCUCUCACAACCGCCUCUCAGAGCUGCCUGAGGCCCUAGGGGCCCUCCCUGCCCUCACCUUCCUCUCUGUGACCCACAACCGCCUGCAAACUCUGCCCACGGCUCUGGGGGCCUUGUCUACCCUGCAGCGCCUUGAUCUCUCUGAGAACCUUCUGGACACUCUGCCCUCUGAGAUCGGAGGCCUGAGCAGCCUUGCUGAGCUCAAUCUGGCCUCCAACCAGCUGCAGAGCCUCCCGGCCUCCCUUGCGGGCCUUCGGUCCUUGCGGCUCCUUGUUCUGCACAGCAACCUCCUGGUCUCGGUGCCUGCCGGCCUGGACCGCCUCCCGCUGCUCACCCGGCUGGACCUGAGGGACAACCAGCUCCGGGACGUGCCCCCUGAGCUCCUGGACGCCCCCUUUGUGCGCCUUCAAGGGAACCCCUUGGGCGAGGCCCCGCCAGAUCCCUGCAGUCCCCCAGGGACACCCGUGGUCCGGGAAAUGCCCAGACUAUUCCUGACCUCAGAUUUGGACAGCUUCCCUGUGACCUCCCAAGGCUGCUCCGUGACCCUGGCCUGUGGUGUCCGCCUGCAGUUCCCCGCUGGGGCCACUGCUACCCCUGUCACCAUCCACUAUCGACUGUGGCUGCCAGAGCCACGCCUUGUCCCCCUGGGUCCCCACGACUCCCUGCUCAGUGGUGUCCUGGAGCUGCAGCCCCAUGGAGUGGCCUUUCAGCAGGAGGUGGGCCUGUGGCUGCUCUUUGUGCCCCCACGGGCCCGGCGUUGCCGUGAGGUGGUGGUCAGGACCCUGAGUGACGACAGCUGGAGUGACCUGGAGACCCAGUUAGAGGAGGAGGCACCCAAGCGGCUCUGGGCUCACUGCCAGGUGCCCCACUUCUCAUGGUUCCUUGUGGUCUCCCGCCCUGUGUCUGACACCUGCCUGGUGCCACCAGAGGGGACAUUGCUGUGCUCCUCAGGACAUCCUGGGGUCAAGGUCACAUUCCCCCCUGGGGCCACUGAGGAGCCUCUUCAUGUCUGCAUGCAGGUGGUGCGUAUGGCCAGCAGAGAGCUGCGAGCCCUGCUGGGGGAGCCUGAGGGGGCCGUGAGCCCCUUGCUGGGCCUCUCUCAGAGCGGCGACCCCAGCUUCCUGCGACCAGUGACUGUGCAGCUGCCUCUGCCCCCUGGCGUCACAGGCCUGAGUCUGGACCGCUCCCGCCUGCACCUGCUGUACUGGGCCCCUCCCGCAGCCACCUGGGAUGACAUCACAGCUCAGGUGGCACUGGAGCUCACCCACCUGUAUGCUCGCUUCCAGGUCACGCGCUUCUCCUGGUACUGGCUCUGGUACACCACCAAGACGUGCGUGGGGGGCCUGGCGCGGAAGGCCUGGGAGCGGCUGCGGCUACACCGCGUGAACCUCAUCGCACUGCAGAGGCGCCGGGACCCCGAGCAGGUCCUACUGCAGUGCCUGCCCCGCAACAAGGUGGACGCCACCCUGCGGCGGCUGCUGGAGCGGUACCGUGGCCCCGAGCCCUCCGACACCGUGGAGAUGUUUGAGGGCGAGAAAUUCUUUGCUGCCUUUGAAAGGGGCAUUGACGUGGAUGCCGACCGCCCAGACUGCGUGGAGGGCAGGGUCUGCUUCGUCUUCUACUCGCACCUGAAGAACGUGAAGGAGGUGUAUGUGACCACCGCCCUGGACCGGCAGGCUCAGGCUGUGAGGGGCCAGGUGUCCUUCUACCGGGGAGCAGUGCCUGAGGAGGUGCCGGAGGAGGCUGAGGCCGCCCGGCAGAGGAAGGGUGCGGAUGCCAUGUGGAUGGCCACUCUGCCCAUCAAGCUACCGAGACUGCGGGGGUCUGAGGGACCAGGGCAGCGGCUGGGGGCUAGCCUCUCCCUGGCACCUCUGAACCUGGGCGAUGCUGAGACCGGCUUCCUGACCCAGAGCAACCUGCUGAGUGUGGCUGGACGUCUGGGCCCUGAUUGGCCGGCUGUGGCCCUGCACCUGGGGCUGCCCUACCGUGAGCUGCAGCGAAUUCGGCAUGAGUUCCGGGACGACCUGGACGGGCAGAUCCGCCAUAUGCUCUUCUCUUGGGCUGAGCGCCAGGCUGGGCAGCCUGGGGCUGUGGGGCUCCUGGUGCAGGCCCUGGAGCAGAGCGACCGGCAGGACGUGGCUGAAGAGGUUCGGGCUGUCUUGGAGCUCGGUCGCCGCAAGUACCAGGAUGGCAUCCGGCGCACGAGCCUGGCUCCUGGGGACCUUGGCCCCUCUGGCCCUUCGGCAUCACAGUCCCUAGAGCCUGCCCAGGCCUAGACCCCACUGACUUUGGGUUGGCCUCUGCCAUGCCCUGGCCAGAGGUCAGAGGCCCCCCAUUGUGUCCUCCCUAUGUCUGGAGACAGUGACCCCAGUGCGUAACAAACAUGCCCUAUUCUGGCUGCUGCCUGGAGCUCAGUUCAUUUGUUGGGUGGAGGGGUGGUUGGAAGGCAGGGGUGGCUCCUGCGGGGAGGGGCCCUGUGUGCAGACUCCCCCACAGCCCUUGCUCCUUACCCCUCACCUCUGCCACCUCCUACAUGCCUGGCACCUCCUCUCAGUCCUGAUCUUCCCCAAGAGGGAGAGGAGCUCAGCUACAAAGUAGCAGCUGCAGCACCUAUGGAUACAAAGUCACCUGUCUGCGGAAUUGUGCAGCCACCUCCUUGGUGGGCACAUGGCCAGCGCAGUCCCCCCUCCACCCCCAAGCACCUACCGUGUGGCCCAACCGCUUCUCCCCUAGGACACCCUCGC